AUGACGUCGACUACGAAUAGUCACGAGGCUCCGAGCGAGCAGCCUUGGUACUCGGCGUAUCCUGCACCACGAUCAGAAAACCGGACCAUCACUGCCGCAGCGGUGCUGGAUUUACUGAAGGCGGGCAGCCCAUCGGAACAGCGAUUCGUGCUGGUCGAUGUCCGUCGCGCUGAUUUUGAGGGAGGCACUAUCCAAGGAUCAAUCAAUUUACCCGCCCAGAGCCUGUACCCGACCAUCUCAUCAAUCUACGACCUGUUCAAAGCGGCGGGAGCAAUCGCCACCAUGUCGACCCGAACCACCAUACAUGGAGAUCUGAACAAUUCCGAGGCCAUGCGGCGCUCCGAACCGAUCGUCGUCGAUCCCAGCUGGGCAGGCCGCAGCCUCGCAAUCCCGGCCGAUCAAGACGACGCCACAGUCCGCGCGCGAUACCGACCUUUCCUACUCCCCGAGGCGAUCGCCUCGAAUGAUUGGGUUGCAAGGCUGGAGCUCAGCACGGCGACGAAGAUGGCAGCGGAAGAUCUGGCCCGGACGGGUGGAGACCGACUGAAGGUCCUCGUGCUGUAUGGCAGUCAGCGGGAGAGGUCGUAUUCCCGACUGCUCGCCUAUGAACAGGCGCGCAUCCUCUUCCGUCUAGGAUGUGAUGUCCGCGUAUACGAUCCGACGGGUCUGCCGAUCAAGGAUGAUGUACAACAUGAGCAUCCCAAGGUCCAGGAGUUGCGGAAUCUGAGCAAGUGGAGCGAUGGUCACCUCUGGGUGUCCCCGGAGCAACAUGGCAUUCUGACCGCCGUAUUCAAGAACCAGAUCGACUGGAUCCCACUGAGCACGGGCUCCGUCCGACCCACCCAAGGCCGCACGCUCGCGAUCGCGCAAGUCUCAGGUGGAUCGCAAUCCUUCAACACAGUCAACGCACUGCGGAUCCUCGGACGUUGGAUGCGAAUGUUCGUCGUUCCCAAUCAAUCUUCCAUCCCAAAGGCCUACACGCAAUUCACAGAUGCCGUUCCCGCAGACCAAGACCCGAGCUCGGAGGAGGGCGGGAGCCGAUUGAAGCCCUCGGACAACCGGGACCGCGUCGUCGACUGCAUGGAGGAGUUUGUCAAAUACACGCUCAUCAUGCGGCAGCAUUUCGACCUGUUCAACGAUCGAUUUAGUGAGCGGCCGAGGAUGGAUGUCACGCCAGUGCUGCCCGAGUCACGAUCUGCGGAGACAAAUGGCGCAGGGCAGCAGGGCGACAACAAGGGUGACGACUCGAGCACGCUUAGCGGUAAGAAGCUCGUGAAUGGAGUGGAUCUCGCCAGCGUGUGA